UUUCCCGUUUGAUAUUAAGUGUUCCAGAAAUAUACGGCAAACAUACAUAUACUCGCAUAAGGAAUUGAAAACAGCAGAAAAACUAAAAAGAGAACACACAGAAAUUGUGUCUGAUCAUCCGAAAAAGCUCUAUCGAUCCAAACGCCACGCCCACAGCACCAGCAUGUGGAGCCCACAAAAAGGUCCUACACGGCUGUGGGACCUUAGACUUAGUAGCUGUAUAUUUAUUUUACACUUAAUGUUUAGUUUAGUCAUAGCUGGUAAUGAACUGUGGCCCAUGGACCGGCCCGACGGUAUGCCCAACAUUGUCUCCCUGGAGGUGAUGUGCGGCAAGGAUCACAUGGACGUGCAUCUAACAUUCUCGCAUCCGUUCGAGGGAAUUGUUAGCUCCAAAGGACAACAUAGCGAUCCGCGUUGCGUGUAUGUGCCGCCCUCAACGGGCAAGACAUUCUUCUCGUUCCGCAUCUCGUAUUCGCGAUGCGGCACCAAGCCGGAUCUCAACGGACAGUUCUACGAGAAUACGGUAGUCGUGCAAUACGACAAGGAUCUGCUGGAGGUCUGGGACGAGGCAAAGCGGCUGCGUUGCGAGUGGUUCAACGACUACGAGAAGACCGCCUCCAAGCCGCCGAUGGUUAUAGCCGAUCUGGAUGUGAUUCAGCUUGAUUUUCGCGGUGACAAUGUUGACUGCUGGAUGGAGAUUCAGCAUGGAAAGGGACCCUGGGCGCCGCCAGUCAGCGGCAUUGUGCCCCUCGGCUCGACUCUGACCCUCGUUGUCGCCAUCAACGAUUAUCGCGGUGAAUUCGAUAUGCGCGUCAAGUCGUGCCUGGCCUCCGACGGCUCUGGGCAUGUGAUCAAUCUGUCGGAUGAGUUCGGCUGCGUGCUGCGGCCCAAGAUGAUUUCACGCUUCCUCAAGGCACGCGCACCCGACGAGCGGGCCACCGUCAUCACGUACGCCUUCUUUCACGCCUUCAAGUUCCCGGACGCGCUCAGUGUCCACAUCAAGUGCAAGGUGGAGAUCUGUCGCCACGGCUGCCUCGAUCACUGCCAGAACUCGGGCGUGGCGGGUGACGGCGGCGGCGGUGGCGGAGGUGGUCAUGGCCUGGGCCACGGCUUGACCAACGCAAACGAACGCAAGGAUGUGCACAUGGACGAUGCGAUGAGCAGCAGCAGCACCAACGAUCUGCUGCGAGACUUGUCCCUGCCCCCGGCACAGCAUGGAAUGGGCAUGGGAAUGGGCAUGGGCCAUGACAUCUUCUAUGAGGACAUAAUACACGACCAAAAGCAGACAAUUGGCGGCGGACAGGGCGUGGGCAUGGCAGCUGCUGGCGACUAUGGUGGCGCUCACGAGAAGAGCGCCAAUCUGCAGCCGCGACCCGUGCACGAGGACCAGGAGGAGGCCGAUCUGUCCGAUCUGUUUGGGGACGAUGAUCUCGCUGAUCUGGCGGACAUGGAUGGCGGCGAUGGUGAGCGGUAUUUGGGCCUCAAGAAGAGCGGCAAGUUCCCCCAUGGACCGCGGCAGCUGGAGGCACAGAAGCGCAUGGGCGUGCCCAUGGCCGGACCCCGCUCCCUGGAGCCCCGGAACGAUGAUGAGGAUGUGCCACGGCCCGUCUACCGACCCCAGGCGGAGCCACUGAAACAGUCGCGCGAGGAUCAUAUCGAUCUGGAUUCGGAUUCGGAUGCGCAUGCCAGUGAGCCAUCCCCCUCAUCCACAUCCUCCAGCACAGAGGCGCCGGAGAGCUCGCAGCGUCGCCGGCGUCGUCGUCGCUCGCUGGUCAUCUCAGAUCGCAAGGUGCGCAGCGCCGAUGUGGGAGUCAGCGGGCUCUAUGACGUCAUCUCUGAGGCAGACCUGGCCUUCUCGCCGGACUCGAAGCAGGAGGCCGUCACCGUGUUCCAGGGCAAGAUCAGCGAGGAGGUGGUCUACGGCAUCUGCAUGCCCGUGCCCGGCUUCAGCAUUCUGUUCAUUGUGGUCAUAUCGGCGACGAUUGUGUCGGCCUUGGUUGCCGGCUCCCUACUCUAUCGCUAUCAGCUGCAGAAGGAGGCCCUGGACAAGCAGACGCCCAUGCCGGUGCCCGGCACCCUCGCCUCCUGGAUGACAUUGCGCCUCUUCCGACUGCGCCGCACAGAGCAGCAACAGCAGCAGCAGCAGGAGCAAAUGCGGCAGCAGAGCCCCGUUGUGGGGGGGCAUGAAACGGUUCAGUGAUCGGUGCGGAUAGUAUCGUCAAUCGGAUUGGAUUGGAUUGUGGCCUGCGUCUUCGUCUUUGCCUUAAAUUAUUAUUUAUUAUUUUUUUGUUUUUUGUUUGGAGCGAGAGAGAGACAGAGAGCGAGAGAGAUAUACCGAGAUGAAGAUGGAGAUGGCGCCCGUUAUGUUAGCUUCUCGUCCGUAUCCGGGCAACAAUGCAAUACUCGAACCAGCCCGCUCCAAAUGGUUCCGUUUCACAUUUCGUAUUGGUGCUGAACGAUCGAACAGAGGAAGGAACGAUCCAUUACAUUUUUUUUUUGUUUGGGUGCAUUUAGUCGUAAAAAUUGCAUAAAAACACACACACACAACACACCACACACACAUACACAUAUACUAUAGAGAAAGAGACACAACACACAAAAAGGUGAAUUUACUUAUAAGGUGGGUGGGGGGACCACCCACACACCCCGUGUGUCACUCAACGCAUGCAAGCAAACGAAGAGAGAGUGAGUUGAGUGCGCUCUCUUUCCAGCUGAGAGCGCGAGGGCGUGCUCCACCUUAUCAGUAGAUUCACCUUAACCCCGAAGCGGUGCUGCUGCUCAUUGAGUAAUGUGAGAGAUGGCAAUGAGAGCUGGGCGAUGGAGAGUUCACAUCAUCUAGGAUUAAGGGAAACUUAUUUAUUUAUUGAUACAUAUAAAUACUUACAUAUAUAGAAAUAUAUAUAUAUAUAUUUUGAGAAAAUCGUACGAUAUAAAGCUAUAGC